AUGAACAAGUAAACAACAUAAGACUCUUACAAUGAUAAUGGAGGUUAGGGAGGCUAUAAUUAAGAUGGCAGACGAGGAACUAAUCUUGAGCCUAGACUAGGUGUUAAUAGAUAGCAAACCAAUAACUAAUCAGUUAUUAAUUCCAUUAUCUAGAGAAGUCUAUUAGGUGGAGAAUCAUCGAAUUUAUGGAAGUCAAUCUUGAAUGAUGUCGCUUAAAGAGAUGAUAUAAAAGAAUCACAUUUAUUGGUAUUGGGAGAUCGCGGCGCAGGAAAAAAAUCAUUGGUAUCUUGUAUCAACAAACACUAUGUUAGAGCAACGAAUAAAUUUAUUGAUGUUGAUAAAAUGGGCUCUUAAUUUGCUGGACUUGACUCUUCAUUCCUUUAUGUAAAAGAUUUAAGCGAGAAAGAUGCGCUAAACUCUAUGGUGUCUUCAGAAGAUAACUUACCCCGCAUGAAUUGUUGGAUUCUAUAGGAAUAAGAAAAGGCAGAUCUGAUUAAGCUAGUAUUGAAACCAGAAGAUUUGCAGCAAACUUGUGCUUUGAUAGUUUUAGAUUUCGAUCAGCCAUGGGAAAUGAUGAAUGCUUUAUAGCGUUGGAUGGGAGUCUUAGGUGAAACAAUACUAGAUAUCAUGAAGAUGCUUAAGAGUAGUGAGCAGGAUAAGAUGAAGGAAAAGCUAACCAGAUUUGUGAAGAACUUUGAACGCAAGGAUGAUUCGAAUGAUAACGAUGAUGCAAUUAACAAAAACAAGCUAGUAAAAAUGGACACAAAUCUCUUAGAUGAAGAUGAAAAAUUAGACGAUGAUUUUGAUGACUAUAAAGAUUUAAAAUCAAGACUACCACUUCCUGAAGGAGUUCUGAAAGUUAAUCUAGGUAUACCAAUUAUCGUUGUAUGCCAAAAGAUAGAUUUGCUUCUACGUGGAGACAAAUCACAGUUACUCGAAUUAAAUCUCGAAUUUAUUCAAAAGCAUUUGAGAUAAUAUUGCUUAUCUUAUGCUGCUUCGUUAAUUUUCACUGAGGUAAAUUAACUCACUAAUAUAGAGCUGCUUUAUCGUUACAUUCUGCACAGACUCUACGAUUAAGAGUUUCACAAUAAGGCUGAGAUGCACUAAAAAGAUUCAAUUUUCAUUCCAACUGGUUUCGAUAGCUUGAUGUUGAUUGAUGCACUUUGCAAAGGAGCUUAUUCAGAAGGGAAAGUUUAUGAAGAAGUAAUUAAAAAACCAUCUAUAGCUUAACAAGGAUAAAAUAAGCCUGAAGUCACUUGCGAAGAUUGGCAGAUAGUUUUGUAAAAAUAAUUCGGAAUGAGAAGAAAUCUAGGUGGACACAAUGCUGCAAUAUCGCAACUUUCUGGAAAUCAACUAGGUGGUCCUGGAUAAGCUGCAGGAAGACCAAUGGAUGAAAAAUCAAAGAAGGAUAUGGCUGGAUUCUUUUAGGGUCUUAUAAAUAAAGGUAGCAGCAGACCUAAGCCAACUGGUUAGGCUCCAGGCGGUGAUAGAAGGGGUGCUAUGCCCUAGUUAGAUUCUAGUAACGUUGGAAAUAACGGUCAAGUAAAUGGAUAAACUGUAAUUCGAAACCCACUUGCAUCAGCAUAAUAAAAUGAAGGAAGCAGCAAUCCAUCAUCAAAUAAGGAUGUAUUAUAAUCAUUAAGAGACAGACACUCAAAACCCCUAGGUCAACCAGCAGUAGAUGAGAACGGGAAUAAAGCUGAGGAGAUGUUUGUACCAAACUAAGAUGACUCAUAGUGA